GACGCCGUCCGUCGUUCAGUGUAGUAUUCGAUGGCAACACUCAAUCUCUCUGCGGUAGAGACUUUGCCUGUAAAGCGGUAACUGGCCCCUGCGCUGCCACAACCAAUCCCGGUAAUCUCUCCUACCGUUUCCCAAUCACCAGACCCUAAUUUCAGAAAUCAUAUCCCUCGAAUCAUCCUCUCUCGUUCUUCGUUGCAACGGGUUGAAGGAUUUUUGCUUUCGCAAAGUAUUGUUUACGCGCUGCAACUUUCUUUCAGAGCUUCGUUCUUAUUGGUGCUGUUUCAGUAGGUUAAUGCUAAGUGAACAGAUACGAUGGCAUUGCAAGAAAGUCUAGCUAAGUUCAAGCAGCAGCAGGAGAAGUGCCAAUCUACCCUCACCAGCAUCCCCCGAGCAGGAGCUUCAAAGGCAACUCAUAAAGCUACACCUGCAAGCACUUCAUCACCAGUUCCUGCCAGAGCUCCUGCUACUCCAGUCAAAUUCUCAAAUGACACAGAGAGGCUUCAACAUAUCAACAGCAUACGGAAGGGUCCUGUUGGUGCUCAGAUUAAGCGUGUUCUAGAUAUACUUCUGGAGACACGGUUAGCACAUACACCUGAGCAGAUCAAUGAAGCAUGUUAUGUUGAUGUAAAUGCCAACAAAGCUGUCUUUGACAGUUUGAGGAAUAACCCUAAAGUGCAUUAUGAUGGGAGGUGCUUCUCUUACAAGUCAAAGCAUGAUUUGAAGGACAAGAACCAAUUACUUGUAUUGAUACGGAAGUUUCCCGAGGGAAUUGCUAUUAUUGAUCUCAAGGAUGCAUAUCUAACUGUGAUGGAGGACUUGCAGGCUCUGAAGGCUGCAGGCCAGGUUUGGCUGCUGUCGAAUUUUGAUUCACAGGAGGACAUAGCAUACCCAAAUGACCCCAGGGUACCUAUUAAGGUAGAUGAUGAUUUGAAGCAACUCUUCCGGGGAAUCGAGCUGCCACGUGAUAUGGUUGACAUUGAGAAAGAUCUUCAGAAGAAUGGGAUGAAGCCUGCAACAAACACUGCCAAGAGGAGGGCUAUGGCCCAGGCGCAUGGAGCUGCCUCCAAGCCCAAGCCAAAGAAGAAGCAGCGUGAGAUCAGCAAGAGAACUAAGUUGACGAAUGCCCACCUUCCGGAGCUCUUUCAAAACUUGAAUGUCCCUGACAUCUGAAAGGGUGGAACAUGAUAAACCUUCUUCUUCUUGUCAUCUGCUUACAUAAGUCGCUACCCGCUUGA